CGUCGGAAAACAUCUGUCUUCGCGAAAAAUAUUUUCCAUGACCACAACACCUGCACUCCCCUCCAGGGAUUUUCUCUCAUAAGUUUUGCCGGGGGGAGUACAGGUGUUUUUGUGAUGAAAAAUAUUUUUCGCGAAGACAGAUGUUUUCCGACUCAGUUUUUCAUGCGGAGUCCGAAUAAAUUAGUUUCAAAGAUUUGCUGGUCGGAUAAAUAGAUGAAAUCUUGAAAUCUCUUGAAAAAAAAGCUCACAAACUCGGUAUUUGAGACCCCAUUAGUAUUUCGACGAUUUCGCCACCAAAAAUUGAAAACAAAACAAAAAUGUAAAGGCGAUAUUGGUGUUCAACUCGACGAGCUCUAUUCAAUCAUGUACAAUAUAAUGGUAUCAGGAUAUUUUGCUCAUGUUUUAUCGUCAGUGCACGAACUAAAUUAGUGCUCGAGACAGCCAAAAAAACGAUAGGUCAUCAAAAGGGCUCCUUAUACGUCGGGAAUUGAAAGCUAACUAUAGUAGGUGAUAGAGCUCGAUGAGCUCUAUCUAUGGUAAAAAUUUAACAGUGAUCCAUUGUUGCGGCAUUGAAUACGCCUAAUCGACAUUUUCUUCAUUUUUGUCAGAAAAGCGAGAAAGUCACGUGUUUUAAGAUCAGGUCGUUCCACUCAACAAUAUGAUAAAAAAUUCUGAAUUUUUGUACAUAAUAGCAGAAAUACAUGACAGUUACAUCUCUCUUCAGUAACUUAUCCGAUUGGGCUGAAAAUUUCAGGGAAUACAUAACUCACUGCCCUCUACAACAUACUAAAAAUUCAGCAAAAUCUGAGAUAUCACUCCAUCGCCGGUGUCUGAGUCUCUCAGAAACUCACUCUUAAGGGUAUAUUGACAAACCCUUCCUAAAAAACCGUACAAUAAUAAGCCCUUGAGGGUAUAUUACGAAACCCUUCGUCUCAAAUCGUACAAUAAAAAACCCUUGUAUUGGUGUCAGAAACCCUUUUCAUCGACAAAAACCCUUGUAGGCAAAAACCUUUUGGCUCAGAAACCCUUGAAGGGUUUGUACCUUCGGCAUAAACCCUUCAAGGGUUUAGGAACGAUGUUAUAAACCGUCAGCGUUUAUUAUUAUACGUUUUUUUUUUCAGUGUGGUCACGGUCCCGGGUCUGGCACGAAAAUUAUGGUUCUUGGACCUGGACAAAAACUUUUUUGACCGGAAUUGGAACGGGGAUUUGGACCGAGAUUGGGUCGAGAAUCCAGACCGGGAUCGGGGCCAAAAUUUAUUUUUAACAGAACCGCAACGAACACGUUUUUAUUAG